UCUCUCCAACUCUUUCGAGUAGAAUACAGAGAGCAAUGUGGAUUGUACCGAUAAUUCAAUAUAUAGGCCUCUGAGGCUACAUGUCAGUUACCAUAUUCUAUUUUGUCGUAUCUUCUUCAUCCAAUUGUUCGUCAAUGAAUAUGCUAAAUCGACAUCUGAACUGUUUCGUGUAGCAGGAAAUUGAGAAUAUCAAUUUCGUAUAACAAUUUGAAAAAGUUUGAAGAGAAAAAAAAAUACACAUACGUGUAUUACAUGUAUACAUAUAUGUCAGGAUCAUGGCGGAUAGUAGAGAAUAUUUUGCAUGUCUCGUGAUGGCCUUUGAGCGGGUGAAAAUCAUGAAAGAAGAGUUUUAAUUAAUGGGUAAUUGACUCCAAAAAGUGAGAGAAGGGCGCAAGAGAAUGAGUGAAUUUCUGAGACCGAAACAAGUGGACGAGAGGCAGAGGUAUGAUUAGGAAGGCUGUGAUAAAUACCAGAAUGGCCAUGUGUAUAAUGUACAAUAGGAACUUAUCAGUCAGCUGAUCAGAAGAAUUCAUACGACAUGUGAAAAUAAUUGGUGAUUUAUUACAUUUCUCUCACACGUCGACAACAGCAGAAUCACCCCAUUGUUCACCACCGUGUGAACAAACUAAAAAAGCGAGGCCUAGUACACUCGUCCUGAUCGCCUGUACAACGGUUGUUUCCUGGAUAAUUGAAGGAUUGAUUGGUGUCUGGCUGUCAGAGGAAAUAAUGGGAAAUAAAAAUAGCUGCUGUGGGUACUCGAGUCCACAGCGGGGGAGAAAAGAACUUGCCAGUGAUGGAGGCGCCCGGGGAUUGGAGGAGCAUCUUCCAGAAGGGGAAUUUAGUGUUACCAAUUUGCAGCACAUCAGUGAGAGAGAACCCGAGGAUUGGGACUCCGAUCCCUCACUCCAUCCGUGCGCUGGAACUAUUUUUAUGGAGAGAUCAAAACAAUCUAUAGAAAAUGGAAUGGUGAGGAAGAAGAGCCAGCACCAGUUAACGGACACUAGACCCCUCAAAAAAAGUAGCAGCUGCAGUACUAUUUAUUUGGAUGAUAGCACAGUAUCACAGCCAAAUUUAAAGAACACGGUUAAGUGUGUGGCUCUUGCAAUUUAUUAUCACAUUAAAAAUCGAACUUCCCAAAGGCAGAUUGAUAUUUUUGAUGAAAAAGUUCAUCCAUUAACUAGAGAUGGCAUUGCCGACGACUACGACAAGCACAACCCUGAACACAAACAGAUAUAUAAAUUCGUAAGGACCCUAUUCAAUGCUGCCCAAUUAACUGCUGAAUGUGCUAUCAUAACUCUGGUGUACCUUGAGCGUUUAUUAACGUACGCUGAGAUUGAUAUUACACCUGCAAAUUGGAAGCGCAUAGUCCUGGGUGCGAUUCUCCUGGCCUCCAAAGUGUGGGACGAUCAGGCUGUGUGGAAUGUUGAUUAUUGUCAAAUUCUCAAGGACAUCACAGUAGAGGAUAUGAAUGAACUGGAGAGACGAUUUCUCGAAAUGCUCCAAUUCAACAUCAACGUACCAUCCAGUGUUUACGCUAAAUAUUAUUUUGAUCUUCGUACUCUUGCCGAGGCCAAUGAGCUGACUUUCCCCAGUGAGCCGUUGAGCAAAGACAAAGCCCAAAAGCUCGAGGCAAUGUCGCGCAUUUACGAGGACAAAGUAACAACUGAGGCACUACGAAAUGGAAUUAAAAAAUGGUCGAGUCUCGACAAUGUCUGUAUGGGUGGCCCAAGGCGUAGCAUCGCCAUUCUCUCCUAAAAUGCCAAAUCUCUUUUUUAAUCCUUUAUCUGAGAAUAAUUAAUCGCAUUACGAAAAAAGAAAUAUACAUCGACAUUCCAUCAUUGAAAGAAUAAAUUAGAAAGAGCAUGAGCUAUUGCCCAGAGACAGGACUCUACUUGUGCCGACGAAAGUGAUUCAACUAAUUUCCAAUUCUAGUGAAGUAAAGGACAGAUAAAAGUUUUUUUAAAAAAUAUAUGCUAAUGAGAUCCGCGGCUGCGAUAUUUCGUGUCAGUGAUACUAAUCGUCCAUAAGUGAUGAGCAUUCACGCCAAAUGAUCAGCUUUUGACGAUUAUUUUUUAAUCAUUCGAAAUUAUACCGAAAACAACGAUUUUACGUCUUUCUACCCUAUGGAUUGGCAUCACAGGUUUGUACUGAUCAUUUAUGAUUGAUAAAUUUCUAGCUAUUCAAUUGGCGUGAAGAAGACUAAUGCAUUGUAAUGAAGAAAAAUCAUUGUAGGAGAUAGAUGAGAUUCGUCCAUUUCGUCUCGAGGUUUUUACUAGUAAAACAUCGUCAGACGAGUCAGAAUUAAAUGAUCGUGUUUUUACUGAUUUUUAUGAAUUUGCCCGUACUUUUAGAGUUGCGCAGCGUUGUUGUUGCAUCUCACAAUUUUGAAUCACUCUUUUAACAAGAAUAUUAUUUUCUAAUGAAUGUAUAGAUACAAAUAUAAAAAAUCAUGAAUUAAUCCUCAGACGAAAUGGUCUUGGUAAAAAAAUCCUUUCUCUAUCUGUAUAUAUUUUUAUAAGAGACAAUUUCAGAUAAAUAUUCAAGCAGACUAUUAUUUUUAUUGUCAUAUGAUUUAUUCACCAAUUAACAGAUGUUUGCGUAAGUGAUGGCGAGUAGAGUACGAUAUAAAAUAUUCAUGAUACUAGGUGAUAAAAAUCGAUUGGUUAAAAGAAACACGAAACGAAAAUUGAGAAAUAGAACCGAAGUCUCGGAUAGUUGCGAUUUAUUGCAUUUGCCACGGAGAUAUAUUUUCUCUCUGUCUUUCUCUCUCUCUCUCUCUAUGAAAAAAUGCAAUUAAACAAUCGGCAAUAUCGAUAUGUCCGUCGGUAUUCAAUCUGCAUAAUAAAUACAUUGCGCCAAUGUUGAUGUAAGGGUUUUUACGUUAAUUUAUAUACGUGUUAAAGGGUAAAUAAAGAAUCAAUUUGUACUUAUGCUGAAAA